AUGAUAGCAUCAAACAGAACAAACAAAGAUCUUUGGAGAAAACCGGAAUCAGAAAUAUACCAGCAUACUACUUCGUGUCUAGACAAGUUCACACUUGUUUGGCUGGAUGUCAAUAUAGAAAGAACUGAUGAUUUUAUUGAUACUACAGAACGCUUAAAAACUAUAACUAAUUAUCUUAAAAUCUUCCGUGACGCUAAAGAAUGCAUUGAUUACAUGUCCUCAAUUACAUUUGAGACAGUGAUUUUAGUAGUGUCUGGUUCGUUAGGUGAAAUCGUUAUUCCUAUCAUACAUAAUUUGCAACAAAUUGCUUUUAUCUAUGUAUUUUGUUUGGAUAAGAAUAAACAUGAAACAUGGGCAAUUAACAAUCGUAAUAAAAAAGUUCGAGGUGUUUUUACUGACAAACAAUUUCUUUUGCAAACGAUCAUUGAUGAUGCGGAAAUAUUAUUGGUUGAUGUAAGGCCAAUGAACGUAUUUAGCUUACAGUAUGAUGAAAAAUCUAUUCGUGCUUUAGACAAAGAAAGUGCUUUAUACAUAUGGAAUCAAUUACUAAUGGAUGUUUUGUUACGCAUUCCGACGUCUGAUAUUUCAAAACUGGAUAUGCUAGUUGUAUGUCAAUCCUUUUAUCGCGACAAUAAUUCAGAGUUGACAAAAAUUCUUGAGUUUCGCUCGAGUUAUUUUCGUGAAACAGCAAUAUCAUGGUAUACUCGUGAUUCAUUCAUUUAUCGCUUACUCAAUAAAGCGCUGCGAACACGUGAUAUAGACGUCAUUUUUAAAUUCCGUUUUUUUAUUGCGGACCUUUACUGGCAAUUAUCCGAAGAACAUCGCAAAUUUGUUGAACCAUUGGUAGGAGAUGAUGGGACAGUAGAUGAAUACAUUCUAACAGUCUACAGAGGACAACACUUGAAACCAGAUGAAUUACAAGUUUUAAAAGAUAAUAUUGGUAAAUUAAUUUCAAUGAACACUUUUGUAUCGACCACAUACGAUAAAGAUGUUUCUCAGAUUUUUGCUGGCGAUGGUUCCAAACGCCCAUUUCUUGAAUCAGUCAUAUUUGAAAUCUUGAUUCGUACAAAUGUGACGACCAAACCAUAUGCUAAUAUAAAAAAUGUAAGUUUCAUGAAAGAUGAAAAUGAAGUUUUGUUCUCAAUGGGAACUCUUUUUCAAAUUGGAAAUAUUUCUGAAGAAAGUGAAAAAAACUGUUGGAUUGUUAAACUUGAACUAGUGUCCGAGCAAAAUGAACAACUAAAACAAUUAACCAGUCAAAUUAAAGAAACAACUGAUGAUAGCAACGAUUUAAAUACAUUAGGUCAUUUAUUAUUGGAAAUGGGUGAAGUAGAAAAAGCAGAAAAGUACUUUAAAAUGCUUAUUGAUAACACCGAACCAAAUCAUCCUGAUAUUUGGAUAUUUUAUGAAAAUCUUGCUGUUCUUUAUGACAAAAAAGCUGAUUUUGCACAAGCGAUGGAAUAUUAUAAAAAAGCAAUGCGAUUUAGAAUGACAUGUAGUGUGGAUGAUGAUGAAGACGAAGAUAUUGAAAAAGAAUAUAUUAUGUCCGAUAAUAAAUCAUUAAUAUAUCGUAGCAAAGGGGACUAUAACACUACGUAUAAUAAUCUUGGAUUGGCGUAUCAGCACAUGGGACGCUACCCAGAAGCAUUACAAUUUUACAAUAAAGCUUUGAAAAACACAUUAAGAACACUUUCUACAACUUAUCAUAAUAUUGGAGCGCUUUGCCGAAUUCAAGGACAAUACUCAAAAGCCUUAGAAAAUACUGAAAAAUCUUUAGAAUUUUUUCAGCAAAUAUUUGGUUCAGAUCAUUUUGAACUCGGACCGACUUACAUUAGUAUGGGUUUGAUCUAUCAAGAGAGAGGUGAUCUUGUUCAAGCGUUCGAAUAUUAUGAAAUGGCACUAGCGAUUCAGAUAAAAACUCUUGGUACGGAUCACCCCAGUGUUGGUUUGACAUACAAUAAUAUUGCUCUAGCUUAUAAAGAUAAGGGCAACUUAUCUGCUUCUGAAGAAUACUAUCAGAAAGCACUUGACAUUUAUGUAAAAAAUGGUAGCAUAGAUUACAUCUAUUUAGCUACGCUGUAUAACAACUUUGGUCUUUUACGAAAAGAAAUGGGUGAUUACUUGAAAGCAAUAGAUUAUUGCGAAAAGGCAAUAGAUAUACAAUUGAAAUUAUUAGGCUCGAAUCAUAUCGAUUUAUCCACGUCAUACAGUAAUAUGGGAUUGAUCCAUCGUGAAAAAGGUGACUGUAAUUUAGCAUUAAAAUAUCAUGAGAAAUCUUUAGAUAUUGCCAUCAGUAAUUUUGGCGAGAGUCAUCCAUCUGUCGGAACAUCAUAUAAUAAUAUUGGAACAGUUUAUCAAACCAUGGAAGAGUGUAACCGAGCCUUGGAGUUUUUCGAAAAGUCGUUAGCAAUUCGAAUAAAAAUUUUCGGUGUGGAUCAUCCAGAUGUGUCUAUGCAUAUGGGAGAUUAUCCAACGGCAUUAAGUUUUUACGAGAAAGCCUUGCAAAGUCAAUUAGAAAUGUUUGGACCCAGCUAUCAUGGUUUGGCCACUAUCUACAGCAAUAUAGGUGCUGUAUAUUCUAACAUGGAAAAUGAUUCAGAGGCACUAACGUUGUAUGAAAAAGCACUUGAACUUCUUUUAAGUCAGAGUGCAUCAAAUCAUCCAGAGUUAGCUCCAAUCUACAACAAUUUGGGUGCUUUAUAUUACAAACUAGGCAAUGCACCUCAAGCGAUAGUUUACUAUGAAGAGACAUUGAAAAGUCAGCUCAAAUUUCUGGAACCACACAAUCAAAGAAUUUAUUUGACAUAUAAAUACCUGGCGUGUACGUACCAUACGAACGGUGAAUAUUCUAGGGCUGAAGAAUAUCUCGACAAAAUAAUGGAUGGUCAACCGACAGCGGUAGGCUCAAAUCAAUUAGAGCUUUGUAAUAUUUAUGAAGAUGUGGCGAAAAUCUAUUAUGCGAUGUCGAAUAACAAAAAGGCUUUAGAAAGCUAUCGAAGAAAAAUGGAAAUUCAACUACAUAUAUUGCAUCUACAUACUCCUGAGCUGGCGGAAACGUAUAACACAAUGGGUGUUAUUUGUCAGCAGAUGGACGAAAAUUUGCAAGCACUGGAUUAUUUCAAAAAAUCACUAAAAAUUAAUUUAGUGGUUCUUAAAUCUGAUGAUUUGGAUCUAGCAACGACUUACAAUAAUAUGGGUGCGAUAUAUUAUAAACUGGAUGAUUAUCCAAAAGCAAUUGAAUAUUUUGUGAAUGCUUUAAGAAUCAAAACGGCUAACUUAGGUGAAAGUCAUCCCACUGUUGUAAAACUAUAUGAAAAUAUUGCUAGUCUAUAUCAUAUUUUGCAAGAAUCGACCAAAGCAUUGGAAUACUAUCAAAAAUUGUUACAUUUACACCAAUCAGAUGUCAGUGAUCAGCCAAGCCUUGCUAAAAUCUAUAACAGCAUUGCUAUAAUUUAUCUUGAGUUGAGUGAUUUCCCUAGUGCGCUGAAGUAUUUUGAACAAACAUUGGAAGUUAAUAAUCGUUUUCUCGUUGACCCAGAUGAUCCAUCUCUCGCCCCAUUAUUCAGUAACAUUGGAAUUUGUUGUCUGCAAACUGGUGACUAUACGAAAGCUUCGGUCUAUUUUGAACAGACUUUGGAAAUUGAAUCAAAGCAUUUUGGUCCAGACGACUCAUCACUGCAUACAACUUACUACAAUAUCGGAUUUCUUCAUACAGUGCGAAAUGAUUAUACAGAAGCACUGAAUGCUUUCAGAAAAGCACUUGACCUAGCGCAGAAAACGUUGCCAUCUGAACAUCCAUUGAUUUUGAAAUAUAAAGCCUCGAUGUCAACCAUUAGGAUGCAUCUUUCAACAGAAACUGGGGAGGCAUUGAAUGAUACUACUCCUCAGUAG